UGUUUGUUUCUUUUUAAUUGUUACAAAGAGUUUUCAUUGAGGCUUCAGACAUUUUCAGCUAUUUAAUAACUUUAGUAUAUUUUAUUAUAAAGUAUGUCGUUUUUAUGCACUUCAAAGAAGAAAGAAAAAAAAGCAAAUAAAAAAGAUACAGAGGCAUAUAAAAGAACGACAGAUUAUGAUCAUUUACAGAAUUUUUUCCACCAGGAAGAGGUAAUCGACGAAGAUAUUAAGUUUCCGUCGUAUAGUUUUCCAUUGCCACAAACCUAUCAUAACAUCCAAGCUGUGCUACCUGGGCAAUUGAGAUCACCCGAGAAUAGCCAAGAAAAAUAUUUAGAAGUUAUAAAAAGUUUUUUUCCAACUUUAGCGACAGAAAUAUCAGUAAAGCGAGGCGAUAUUGUAUUGUGGAUUAAUAGCGAUGGAGAUUGGGUUUUAAUUCAAACGCAAUAUGGAGACGAGGGAUAUGUUCCAAGAUCAUAUUGUCGCGUCGUAUUUCAAAACGCAAUUCUAAAACAAAACUACUAUUUUAAGGAUAACACGUCAUCAUACGGCUCGAAUCAGUUUUAUGAAUACGAAACACCGUAUCAUACGAGACCAAGACAGUUUACGCAUUUUGUUGAAGAUCGCUUUAGUCCUAGAACACAUUUGAACUCUUUAGAUACCAGUUCAUCAAGUAGUGAAACAAGCUCUUAUUGGAACGUUACAGAGAGAUUUGAUAGCCUAAGAAGCAAUGAAUCGAUUUCAAGCUGGUCAUCGAGUUCUUAUAAACCAGUGUGCGGACGUAAAUGUGGUAAAAAAUGCGAGCACCAGAGACUAAUUAACAAUAAAAGUCAGUGCAAGUUAAGACCUCAAGUUCUUCACACUCCAAAAGAAGAAAAAACGAACAAAAAUAAUAAUUUUUUCUUCGAAAAAUCCGAUCAAGAACACGACGGAAGCAGCUGCAGUGACUAUACAUCAAUAAAAAGCUGUCUUUUAUCGUGCGGUCAUCCGGAACUCAUUGUUAUAGAGAGUUACGAAAAACAAGGAAACACUGAUAUCUCAGUUGUUUCAGGCGAUUUUGCAUCAAUAAUUAACGAUACAAAAUAUGAAGACUGGAUAUACAUCCGAAAUGAAUCAGGAGAGAGGGGGUUUGUUCCUACGCAAUGCGUAUUAAAGCAUCAAUGCGAAGAAUGUGGGUUUGAAAGAAACUAUUUAAAAGAAAAACAGUCUAUAAAUCGAUCUGAUAGAGAAAUUUACAGUAAAAGAAGUUUUAAUGUUGUUGGCAAUAGCGAUCAAACAAAUAAAUAUAAUGAAAAAGAAGAAGAAAAUCAAAAUAACAAAACACGUACUGUUGACACUAAUAACGAUAAUACAAAAAAAACUCGAGAAAAAGAAAAACAUUUUAGUAGCAUUACUGAUGUAGGUAAUAACCAAGAUUAUACAAACAAGUCAUCUGAAAGCGAGAUUGCCAAUCCAGCCAAAAUUCAAUCCAAAUUGCCAAUCAAAACCAAUAGGCCAAAAUUAACAGAUAAUGACAUUAAGAAAAUGAAUAAAAUGAUAGUUAUUUCUAACUUUGCAGGGAGCCAUCUUGAAGAUUUGUACGUUUGCAUCGGAGAUUUUGUUUACGUCGAUAAAACAACUGACAUGACGCAAAAUUUGAUAUGGGUUCACUCUAUUAAACAGAACCUUUCAGGUUACGUUCCUAGUACAGUUAUUAGAGCAGUAGAAGAUAUUGACGUAAAAGCGGAUGUUUAAGGGCAUGGGAACUAAAUAAAGAUUACACUUAAAAACAAAAAUUGAAUUACUGUUUUUUACGCUUUAACGCAUUUUUUUAUUGUUGUCAUUUUUAAAAAAUGUUAACUUUCAGAAAUUAUGAUGGUUAAUUCAAACGUUUUGUUCUUAACAACACAGUCGGUGUUGGCUGUCGGUUAAAUGUUAAAAAUAUUUUCACAUAAACAAAGUGUUUUGUCGAUACACACAGUUUCAAGUUAAACAAAUUUUUUAUAUCGCUUUCAGGUAUGAAUUUAUUGUUUAAAUAUGUACACAAAGUAUACACUAGUUAGUCUUUUUUGUUCGCUGUUUACGUCAACAUUGAUCUAAAUGUAAAAAGUGAUAAACUUAACAUUUACUUACAAUAUUAUAACUAAUUACAAAAUAAAAAAAUAAUUUUCUUUGCGUCGCUCUGAAUAAAAGGAGUAACUACGUGUGACUUGAACAUUUUUUUAAUACUUGAGAAUAUAAAAUAUUUAUUAAAUAAAAUUUGAAAGUAUUAUUAAUAUAUAACAAAUUUUUAUGAAGAGAUUUUUUAAUUGGCGUUUUAUUUAAUCUUUACAAGUAUUUGCGUGCAAUUAAACUGCGUGCAAUUAAAUUGUGUGCAAUUAAACUGCGUGCAAUUAAAUUGCGUGCAAUUAAACUGCGUGCAAUUAAAUUGCGUGCAAUUAAACUGUUUCUAUUAUAUGUAAUAAAUUCAUUGUUUUUAUUAACAAAAAAUUAUUUUAUAAAGUGAAUUUCAGCAGUGUAAUUAUAACCAACCAAA